UUCUCAACGAAUCUUCAUUUUUAAUGGAGAAUGGUUAUGGGACCAGUGUUCCUGACAGUGCUGCUGAUGAAAUGACAGAGGCAGAAUAUCUGAAUACUCAAAUGAUAGAGUCAGAUUACCUGGCAAAUUUUGGUUUGAAUGUUUCGGACCAGUCUGCGAUGUAUACUCCGUGGGGCAUGCCUGCUGCUCAUGGGCCUUGGAUCCCAUUAACGGCAGUGGCUGCUACUGCUGAAUAUGAGAGAGUGGUUAAAGUCAAAACUGGUAACGAUCUUCUCAAGUUCGUGCUCCCCAAUCCAACCAUGGACAAUUUGAAGGCUCAAGUCUUAAAGAGAAAGCCUGAAUUAGCAGCUGAUGUCCUAAAGUUCAUGUACAAAGAUGAAGAAGGUGAAAUGAUCACUAUAACUUCUGAUGAGGAUUUGCAUUUCUGCUCACAAUAUUUCAAGUCAUCAACUUCGAUCAGAUUAUCACUUGUUGCAAAUGAUAAUCACUAAAGCUGCGCAUGCGAAUGAAUUCGAAGGCCGGUUUUGUUUACUGUACGUGUGUA